AGACUGCAAAUUGCAAAAGAAAGAAGAAAGAAUAGCAUAGCUGAGCAAAUUUCCGUUUCCAGCAAGGAAAAAAGCGAAACGCACACCAACCCGAACCUCUCUGCGCGAAUCCAGCAAAGCAAGCAGUUGCGUCUUCGUCGCUCUCGCCACUUUCUCCCUCUCCCAGAUCUUCCCCGUUGGCAUCGCCGGUGGCCGUCGUCUAGCCUGAUUGUAUUCCCUUCCUGUUCUUUCGGUCUCCAAGAAUCGCGGUUCCGCCCGCCGCGUUUUGAUUGAGUUCCUCGGAAUCGGAGGGUGGAGACUCCGAAGCAGUUCCAUGGCUCUGUGUCGGCGCUUUGUCCAAUCGGGAGCUCACCUCGUCAAAUUGCGUCUCCACGAUGCUUCUUCGAGGUGUUCAUCUCUCGCCGGAAAGUUGGAACAUAAUAGUAGACACAUGUCGGACCUCGCGAGACCUAAUGGCGCGAACCGUGCUUUCCUCGUUGAUACAUUAGCUCUGGUAAGGAGGUUGGAAUCGCAGGACGUGCCUUCAAAGCAAGCCGAGGCAAUCACUCACGCCAUUAUUGCAGUGUUAAACGUUAGUUUAGAGAGCUUGUCGCAUUCCUGUGUCUCAAAGGAGGAAAUGCAGAAGAGUGUAAUGAUUCAAGAGUCGAACCUAUCGAAGUUCAAGGCUGAAGUCAACAGCGCUCAAGUAGCACGCGAAAUGAUUCAAGAAUCCAACCUCUCGAAGUUCCAGAACGAAAUACAGUCAGACUUGUCUAAGUUCCAAACCGACAUAAAGGGCUCUCAGGACGAUCAUUAUGCUACAUUGCAACGCGAAAUUGAGAAGCUUAAAACUCACAUAGACAAAGGGCACAGUGAACUGAGGUAUGAAAUUGACAAGGCAAAUGCUGGUCAGCGGCUGGAUUUAAAUCUCGAAAGAGGACGAAUGCGGGAUGAGCUAGCCAACCAAAAAGCAGAAACGACCAACCUGACUAACACGCUUGAUCGGCAGGAAAUUCAUGCAGUACGUGCUCAAGUUGAAGCAGCAAAGUACGACAUCGCCAAAUACUGCAUUGGUACCCUUGCAUCAAUGGCCGCCAUGGGACUUGCAGUCAUCCGCAUAAUGUUGUAGGCGUGGUAAUCAUCAGCUAAUUGAAUGUAAGAACUGAGAAGCGUAUCUGAAGAACUUCCAUUCUUUUGUUAUGGCCUGCCAUUAUCCCGAUGGUGAACCAAACUAAAGGCUCAAAUUAGAGAAUGCCGUUUUGAUGAUCGGCAGCACCCUUUUGAGGGAAGCUGCAAUGUCUUUUAAGAGGAGAUUAGUACACAUUUUAUUGCCUCCUGGCUUUUCCUUGUUUCCUUUAGCGAAUUAGUGUUGUUGAAGAGCAAAACCCAGAAGAAGUUCGAGGAGUAGCUCUGCUUUCGUGUGGUUUUUAUGGAUAGUUAUUUGAACGAGAGUUGCACUAAAUUUUAUAGCACGUUGAUUGUAGAACAAGAACGCAGAAGAUUUUUAUGAGUGCGUCAUGUCUGUCAAUAAAGUAUUGAAGUGAAAGGUUAUGCAAUGUAGUCGUUUCCAAUGCUUCCAGC